AUAAACAAAGUGAUAAAAAGAGAGAGAGAAAGAGGGUAUGUGUGCUCUAAUUUGUAAAGUUCUGAACUUUCAACAUACAAAGUUACAAGGGGCUGCAAGCUCUCGCUAUCAGUUUGCUGCUUGUGUUGGGUUUUUGCUUUUGGGGUAUUUGGGAGUUGGGGAGGGUUGAUUGUUUAUCUUUUAGUCUCUGUGCUGUGGAUAGUGGUCUCCUGCUUUCUCUCUGAGUCUUUGGCUUCGCAAAGAGAAAUAAGAGUGUAUAUAAAAAACAUGGGUUGGAUUCCCUGUUCUGGUAAAUCCAACAGUAAAGCGAAGACCAAGAAGGAAAGGAAGAAUACGAUAGAGUUGCAGGAAAAGCCGCUUGAUCAGAUCAAACCCACUUCAGGAAUUUCAAAGACAAAUUCCACCUUGAGUGUCAAGGAAGAUCCCAAAGAUGGAGGGUCCGAUCACAUUGCAGCACAGACUUUUGUAUUCCGUGAGUUGGCAGCUGCAACUAGAAAUUUCAGAGCAGAAUGUCUUUUGGGUGAGGGCGGCUUUGGUCGAGUAUAUAAAGGACGUUUGGAAAGUACCAAUCAGGUAGUAGCUAUCAAACAACUUGAUCGUAAUGGGUUACAAGGGAACAGGGAAUUCCUUGUUGAAGUGUUGAUGUUAAGUCUUCUUCACCACCCUAAUCUUGUUAAUCUUAUUGGUUAUUGUGCUGAUGGAGAUCAAAGGCUGCUUGUUUAUGAAUAUAUGCCCCUAGGAUCUUUAGAGGACCAUUUACAUGAUAUAUCACCUGGUAAGAGACGACUUGAUUGGAAUACAAGAAUGAAAAUAGCCGCUGGGGCAGCAAAGGGAUUGGAGUAUUUACAUGACAAAGCAAGUCCUCCUGUUAUUUACAGAGAUUUGAAAUGCUCCAACAUAUUGCUUGGUGAAGGGUAUCAUCCAAAACUGUCCGAUUUUGGCUUAGCCAAACUUGGCCCUGUUGGGGAUAACACCCAUGUAUCUACAAGGGUUAUGGGAACCUAUGGAUAUUGUGCUCCCGAGUAUGCUAUGACAGGGCAGUUGACUCUUAAAUCAGACGUUUAUAGCUUUGGGGUAGUUCUUUUGGAAAUUAUAACAGGCAGGAAAGCAAUUGACAAUUCAAGAGCUACAGGAGAACAGAAUUUGGUUGCAUGGGCAAGACCCUUGUUUAAAGACCGAAAGAAAUUUUCACAAAUGGCAGACCCAAUGCUCCAGGGUCAGUAUCCCCAAAGGGGCUUGUACCAAGCUCUGGCUGUUGCGGCAAUGUGUGUACAGGAGCAGCCUAAUAUGCGGCCAGUUAUAGCUGAUGUUGUCACAGCUUUGACUUACCUUGCUUCACAGAAGCACGACCAGGAAACACAGCCAGUUCAAAGCUCCCGUCUUGCCCCUUGUACACCCCCUAGAACCAAGAGGGAUAGUGAAAGGAAAGCUCAAUUAUGGUAGUGGACAUGAUACUAGAAGAUUAAAUUAAGGCUAGGUUGUAAGUUGUUGGGUUUCUUCCGAAUGCUGGUGGCUGUUCUGAGGCUUGCCAGCCAUGGCAUUGCUAUGAUACUGCCAGGUAGAUGCUCAUACGGUAUGGAUUAAUAUUUUUAUGGCUGAUGAUAACAAGGACUCAGAGCUUAGUUCUGAAUGCUUGUUUGCUGCAAGUUUUUUGCUUGCAGUUUUGUGUCAUCACAGAUGAAAAGCCCAAUUUCCAUCUCCAUGUUGUCUCCUCAGAAAAACUUUCCUCCCUUUUCUGAAUAUAUAUAGAGCUAGAAGGCUGUAUCAUAACAUCUUUGUGUGCCUUCUUGCAGUGGUUUCUCAUUUGUAUUUUUGACGUCCCUUAGGUAUCUUUUGAUACUGAGUACCUUUUUUUUUUUUUUUAAAUGUUUCAAGUUUUGGGGGUAUAGUUUUGCCUUGUAUUUAACAUAUGGGAGUUGUGGAAAAUGUAAUUUUAAACCCUGUCAAUA